UUUGGCAGCUCAAAAGUCAGAAAUAGAGAAGUUGCCAUGGCUACCCAUCUCUUCAAGCGGCUAUCGCUUCUCUUCGGGCUCCUCUCCAGCAUUGGGCCUUGGUCGGAAAACCAUGAUAGCGUCGGGAUAUUUCCACCCACUUGCAGCCGUAUCGAGUGCCCGAGCUUCGAUGUAGUUCAUGUCGGCAAUGGUUUCGAAGUUCGUCGUUACAAUUCCACUGUCUGGAUGUCGACUUCUCCCAUCCAAGACAUUUCCCUCGUCGAUGCCACCAGAACAGGCUUUCUACAGCUAUUUGAUUACAUCCAAGGGAAGAAUGACUACGACGAGAAGAUAGAGAUGACUGCUCCUGUGAUCACCCAGGUCUCCCCUAGCGAUGGACCCUUCUGUGAAUCAUCCUUUGUGGUUAGCUUUUAUGUCCCGAGAGUGAAUCAAGCAGACCCACCUCCGGCAAAAGGCCUCCAUUCUCAGAAAUGGGGUCCUGUGCAUGCAGCAGUAAGACAAUUUAGUGGAUUCGUAACAGACGAGAAUGUCGGAGAGGAAGCAGCGGCACUGCAGGCCAGUCUUGCCGGCACUAGCUGGUCGUCUGCAGUUGAAAAAGGCCGGGCUGAUCCCACAUCAGUGUACACUGUUGCUCAGUACAACUCCCCAUUUGAGUUUCAGAACAGAGUGAAUGAGAUAUGGAUGAUGUUUGACAUGGAGGACGAUUCAGCAGCCAUGUAAGCUAAACUAAUUUCAGCUUUGAAAUUUCAUGUACAAACUACAAAACCAACUGAUGGGCAGUUUGUGAAUGUGAAGUUGAUGGGGUUCUACUUUCUUCAUAAAGAUCUCAAAAAAAAAAAAAAACGUCUGAGAUAUAAAAGUCAGUGGUCGAAUUGUAUCGAGAGACUUUCAUCAAUCAAACACUCUGUUCUUCCUGUCCUUAGGCUGUAUUCCUACUCCUAACCCUGCUUCUAGAUUAAAUAAACAUCACUAAAUUGUCUCUGUUUAUCUAUAA